AUGACCAGGCUGCUCUUGGGGGUGACCCUGGAAAGGAUUUGCAAGGCUGUGCUGCUGCUCUGCCUGCUCCACUUUGUCAUCAUCAUGAUCCUCUACUUCGACGUCUAUGCGCAGCACCUGGAUUUCUUCAGCCGCUUCAACGCCAGGAACGCCUCGCGUGCCCACCCCUUCUCCAACUCCUCCCGCCCCAAUGGCACCGUCCCCAGCUACGGGCCAGCGGGCGCUGAGGCCCCGUCCCCCAGCGCCAAGCCCAGCACCAACCACUCUGCCACCGAAAAGCCCUUGCAGCCCUGCCAGGAUACGCCUCCCGGCUUAGUUGGGCGCCUGCUCAUUGAGUUCAGCUCUCCCAUGAGCAUGGAGCGGGUGCAGCGGGAGAACCCUGACGUGCGCUUGGGUGGGAAGUACACCCCUCCGGACUGCCUGCCCCGACAGAAGGUGGCCAUCCUCAUCCCCUUCCGGCACCGCGAACACCACCUGAAGUACUGGCUGCACUACCUGCACCCCAUCCUGCGCCGGCAGAAGGUGGCCUACGGCAUCUACAUCAUCAACCAGUUCGGUGAGGACACCUUCAACCGGGCCAAGCUGCUCAACGUGGGGUUCCUGGAGGCCCUCAAGGAUGAUGAGGAGUAUGACUGCUUCAUCUUCAGUGAUGUGGACCUCAUCCCCAUGGACGACCGCAACCUCUAUCGCUGCUAUGAGCAGCCACGGCACUUUGCUGUUGGCAUGGACAAGUUUGGGUUCAGGCUACCCUACUCUGGCUAUUUUGGCGGUGUCUCUGGGCUGAGCAAGUCCCAGUUCCUGAAGAUCAAUGGCUUUCCCAAUGAGUACUGGGGCUGGGGAGGAGAGGAUGAUGACAUCUUUAACCGCAUCUCCCUGAAUGGCAUGAAGGUGUCGAGGCCCGACAUCCGCAUCGGGAGGUACCGCAUGAUCAAGCACGAACGUGACAAACACAAUGAGCCCAACCCGCAGAGAUUCACCAAGAUCCAGAACACCAAAAUGACGAUGAAGCGGGAUGGGAUCAGCUCGCUACAGUACCGGCUGGUGGAGGUGUCACGCCAACCCAUGUACACGAACAUCACAGUGGAGAUUGGCAGGCCACCACCACGCCUGGCCCGGGGCUAGUGCUGGCCUGGUGGCUCUGUGCCCAGGCUGACUGGGCAUGGCAAGUUUUGCCCCAGCUCAAGAGCCAGGACUGGACAGGGGGAUGUUUUCUGCCUACUCUGCUGCCUUCCAGAGAUGGCCACCUCUCAGCCCACCCUUUGGACCCCAGGAUUUCUCUGUUCCCCCCCGUCCUCACGAGUGUGUUUGCAGGACC